CAUCGGCAAGGAAACGACACAAGUUUUCCUGCCUCUGUCCAUCGUUGAAAUUCAUAAGAGAAUUCAGAUAACUUUUGUUAGUGCAAUUUUCAGCUGACUGACGUGAAGUAAAACAUCCCGCCUUUGGAGAGACAGCACAUACCUUUCGAUUCAAUUAAAAUGAUUUUAUUCGUACUCGAUCAGCGAGUUAGUAUGUCAUGGCCAAAUAGUUUUAAAAGCUUGACUAUUAUCUUCAUCGUCUUUCAAUACUUGGCGACUGUGAGCUGUUUCCCAAUCAUCGGCGAAUCUUCUACACAAGAGACACUAACUACGACUACGCUAGAUCCAAAACUGUUAUCUACUGGAUUACAAAUAGAUUCCGGAAAUAAGGACGACAAGACAAAUGAAGUACCGAAAAAACCGCGCGAUAGUUCCAUGUUCGAAUUCUGGUCGCUAGAAUCGAAAGCCGCCGAUUGGAGUUACAACAAUCCCAGCGCUUGGGCGGAUUUGUCCGGUUCGUCGUGUGGUGGUAUUCGUCAGUCUCCAAUCAAUAUUCAGCCGAGUCAGUCAGUAAGGAAAUCAUUCCCAAAAUUCACGUUCCAGAACUACGGUAACAUUGACAAGGUGGAUUUGAUAAACAACGGACAUACCGCGGUGUACAGCUUGCCGGUAAACUUUCCCGCGGACAGAGUGCCAUCUAUCACUGGCGGCGGGUUGAACGACACAUACAAAUUCGUUCAGUUUCACUUGCACUGGGGAAGUGACUCAAGUAAAGGCAGUGAGCAUCUCAUUAGAUCCAGAAGCCAUCCAGCUGAACUACAUCUGGUGCAUUACAACACCAAAUAUGGAACGUAUGCUGAUGCCACUACACAUUCAGAUGGUCUUGCUGUUUUAGGUGUUUUUCUCAAGAUUGGAUCGAGAGACAACGAUGCCUUCCGGCCACUUGUGGAACAACUCAGCGAAGUGCCAGCCGAUGGAGAUGAAACCACUUUAAAGAAUCUGGUUUCAUUGAAAGAUUUGCUGCCCGCUCAAACUACAUCGUUUUAUCGCUACAGUGGCUCGCUGACCACUCCAAAAUGUAACCAGAUUGUCACCUGGACCGUAUUUGAUAAUCCGUUAGUUAUUUCUGAACAACAGUUGAAAAAAUUCCGGAGUCUCAAAAACGAUGUAGAAGAGCCUCUGGUGAACAACUUCCGCCCUGUACAACCGUUGAAUGACCGCACGGUUCUUUACCGGUCAUUUACCGGAUGCGAAAUCCCUAGGUCUUGGCCCAUCACUUGGACUCCAUUAUUGGAUGCAAUCAAGUGGAGUUAUUGUAUAAUUGGCUUCACUUUAUUUGGAAAAUAAAUCACCCCAUUUUUUUGGUCAUCAAGUGAAGAAAUAAUUCGCAGACGAUUAUAUCCGGAUGCAGGAAAUUUAUUUAAAAAUCAAAUUAUUUAUAGUUUGUUUCCCAGACUUA